AUGUCCUCGCCAGUGCCUCCUGAGACGGGCGGUGCUUACAUCUACGAUGCCAGCACGUUCUUGAAAGGAUUGAGAUCGAUCUCCUUGAGGAAUCUGUCCUUCAGGAGCGGUCCAGCAGCAGCGGCCGUGGGGUCCGGGAUUGGAAGUGGACGGGCCAAUGGCGAGCGCGAUUCUGCUUCAGUCACGAGCGCAAGCCUCCGCAGCUUGCGGGCGGUCCUCACGAUGAACGAUGCAUCAGCUUCGCCAGGAGGCGCGUCAGCCUCGAAAGCGGCCGAUGGCGUGUACGGCCACCAUGACCCACCGGCGGUAGCAGCUGCAACACCAACAGGAGGAGGUGGCACACGGGCUGUUGACGGCGCGACGAGGGGCGCCGGUGGUUUUUGUGGUAGGGGGAAGGCGUUGCUGACCACGGGGGUUUCGCAGCCCACCGUUAACCCCACUUGGCCGGUUUCUGAGGCAUCUUGGCUGCACGCGGAUGCCCAGGCGGAAGAUCUGGACGGCACGCGCCUGCUCUUGCUGCGGGUCUUUGCCGUUGACCCGGACUCUGCGAGCGCCCGAGAUCCUUCGCACCCAAGGCAGUCGCCGGCACCACCACCUGCUCAAGCCUCGGGGCAUAGCGGGGUCGAUGCCGCAGCAAGGGCAGGAGAUGGCACGGCGACCCUCGGGCCAGUGGUGUGGGAGUGCACGAUAGACGUCAAAGGGUUAACGGCACUGCCGGUCGGAUCGAGGCUGUCCCACUUGUGGGCGCUGCCCGCGGACUGUUUGCUAGUAGAGAUGUCUAACGGGGGCCUCUACGCCGCAGACUGGGUAGUCCAAGCGCUGUCGAGCAACUCGGCGCUCCCUGAGGCCGUGGCGGGGGGUAGGGCUCGGGGCGGCGGCGGCGGGGGCGACGCAUGGCGAGACGAUUCUGACGAGGAAGACGACGAGGACCAAGAGCCCCUGGACGAGGUGCUGCGACGAGUGUUGGUGUUGGAGGCCGAGGCGGAGAGGGGAAGGGUAGAACUAGCCGCUCAGUUGGAGAAGGCAGCACCCGGCGACAGAAAGGUCUGCGCUGCGGCUGAAAGCGCGUGCGCGAUGGACACCCUGAGGUUGGAAUUGACCAUUCAGCAGGAGUUGCUGGAGGCGGAGGAGGCGUCUUUUUUGAGGGAGAAACGGUACCUGGAGGCCGAGACACUGGCGGUUGAGGAGCUUCUUACAGGGAUAGCCGAAGCUGAAGCUUGAGAUUCUCAAGCUGCUGGAUGCGAAGAUCUCGACAUCGAACCCGGACAGCCGGUCGAGGGAGAAGCGGAGAGCGCGAUUCAGGGGUGGGCUACCAUCGAGGACGACGAUGAGGUGGUAGAGGCUCUUCGACUGGACGCAGUGGACGAAAUGGCGGCACUGCUGGCUGGAACGCAUGUGACUACCGGCGGUGGGGAGGAGGACGAAGAAGAGGAGGGUAGUGGCGAUGACAACACGGGGACCGAGCUCCUUGCUCCACCCGCUUAUGCUGAGCUGUCGCCUCACUUCAUCGUCCUGGAAGCGGCAGCAGAGGAGAGUGGCAACGGAGACGCGGCGUUCUUCCUAACGAAAGCGAAGAUGGCGAUGAUUGCAGCGCAUUCCGCUAAGCGGGUGCGCCAGGCAGACAUGAGAGAGUUUGUUGCUGCUACGGAGUAAAGUCGAGGGGUACAGCUGUUGUAGCAAUGGUUGUUUGCUUUUGCUUCCAGUGCGCUUCCUGUCGUGCUUUUCUUUUUGUCUUGUUUCUUCUAGUAACAUCCAAGGGGGUGCG